UGUCGUUCGGUAAAAUGUGUUACGUCAUCUCAAACGUCAAUUCGUGUGCCGAAAAUGAGGCAGUCGUAAACAAACUUCAGUGAACUUUUUCAAAAUUUCUUUGAUUUUUCAAACUCCACACCCAAAAUGUUCAACAUAAUCCGGCGCGGCAUCAGCAUGUCGACGGUCGCCGCCGGCAAGCACAACUUCCGCAAGUUUCUGCUGUACAACAAGCGUGGCACGCGCAUCUUCAAGAAGCUGCGUGCCGCCAACCCGGACCAGUACCCGGACAUGCCGGUGGACAAGCGGGGAGUGCGCGACACCGGCGUCACCACGGCCGAUGGGCGGUACGUGGAAAUUGCGGCCAAAAUUCCCGAGCUGAUCGUGCCCAACCUGGAGGGGUGCAAGUUUAAGCCGUACGUAUCGUAUCGGGCGCCGGAUGUAAUCCAGUCAGAGUUUACCAGCCAGGAUCUGUACAAUGCGAUCUACGCCCAGAAGGUGAUUGACGAUUUCAAGAGUGGAGCGCUGGAGGAGGAUGGUUCGCCGAAGGCUCCGUCCGCGGAGGAAACGCUCAGUCCCGAGGAGGCUUGGACAAGGGCGCGCAAAACUGGGUCGGAUAUUUUUUAACGGAACACGGCGUUCAAUGUAGAUUAAAUGUUUAUUCUAGAUCAUA